CUUAUUAUAGCCACAGCUUGCACUCUUUACUAUUGCAUUAUUACUAUGUAUUCCUUCAUGUCUGCAUCCCUUCCAUAAUCUCAUAGAGAAAAAUCCAAAGCACGCACAUAGCCCCCUCUCUCUGUCGAUGGAAAAUAUAUCUGUGGCAUCACCAUCACCAUCACCAGGGAGUUCUUCCUUGGCAAGCCCAAGUAUUCAAAUGGUCUCGAAAUCAGUCUCCGAGAGACUUCUUGGUAAGUUCUUUGAUGCAUCUCAAUAUGACUUCGAUUAUGAGCAAAGUGGUCUUUGGUCUCCACCAAUACCUGCCAGAAGGGUUUUCUUGGCUUCACCAGCAGGCCAUAUUUACUCCCAAGGUGAGUUUUUCUCGGAGCUCAAGAAAGGAAAGAGAGCGUGUAGAAGGCGCAGUGCUUGCUUCAAUGCCUUUUGGUGCACUUCAAGACGACAACCUUGAUUGGUGCCAUCCCCGCCUUAAUUUUUUUCUUUUACAAAGGCAUGUUUAGUCUCAAUCACUAUUCCCAAGCUGCAUUGGGAAGCUUAAUGGAUGAUAGUCAAAAAGGUUCAAUUCAAAAAUAUUGAGCCCCAAUAUAUAU